AUGACGCAUCCGUAUGAGGAGUACAUGAGGAUGAAGGAGUUGAAGGCAUACAACGACAUGCUUAGCCUCCAUUUUUGCCAACUAUGGGUCUUUGCAAUCAAGGAUGAGGUUAAGAAGAUACUAAACCAUGUGGCUGAGAUGAAGUCAGAGAUUUGUGAACUCAAGUCUGAGCUUCACCGUGUUCGCCAUGAAGGCUCCAGCUCAACUUACUAA